CUACGGCGGAUACUCUGACAGUUCCAGGGAGAUUGUGUGGCUGUGGCAGGUCAUGGGGCAACUCUCUCAGGAGGAGUUGUCUUGGUUCCUACAGUUCACCACUGGCUCAGGGCGUCUCCCUGUGGCCGACUCUGGCCAGUGGAAGUUGAAGAUCUGCCGAGGAUCACAUGAUGAGUCUCUUCUGCCGACUGCUGCCACUUGCUUCAACAGCCUCACACUUCCAAGGUACACAAGUCUGUCUAUGCUGCAGCAAAAACUGAAGCAGGCCAUCUCAUUUGGACAUCUUCACUUCUGCAAUCACUGAUGGAUAAUAAUAUCGGUUACUCGCGCUCUCCGCGCAAGCCCGCGCGUAAUAAUGAGCUGCGACUGCGAUCUCGGCGUCGGUCGCGCGCCGGUACGUCCGUCUCUGCGCUGAAAA